AUGCGGAUGAACAGAAGCUACCCACACAUGAGUGUUCUGGAUGGGAAACUAUAUGUAGUGGAACAAGGGAACGUUUCUUCCUCGAAUUCGAUUGAGAUAUUUGAUCCGAAAACCCAAAUAUGGGAGUAUGUGACAUGCCCUUUAGCAGAGAUAUUAGGCCAGAGGUCUAUGUUAACCAGCUUUGCAAUAGACGGGAAGCUUUACCUAUAUGGAGAUAAGUGUAUGGUUUACAAACCCGUGGAAAAUAAAUGGGACGUCUCCAAAUUAAAGGAUACGAGAAUCUUUUCCGUUGGACUCAGUUUAAAAUUUCUUGUGUAA